AUGACCCAGGUUCGCGAGCGAUCUCCUUCGCCCGAGAGGUCUUCAGAUUCGCUUCUAAAGCGAUUGAAAACGACCCAUCCCUCGUUGACAUCGACGGUGGACCACGACUCGGAGUCGCUCUUCUAUACGGGUCUCUUUAGGCCAGAAAAUGUGCAGCAACUGCAUCAGGCCUACGCUGGCAAUGAACCAUUCAAAUAUGCGAUUGUCGAAAAGCUUUUCCAAGACGAUCUUCUCAAGAAUGUAAAGGACGAAUGCAUGAACGAACUAAGCUUCACAGAGAGGGAGACGGAUAUAUACAAAGUCAAUCAAACCGGGGACCUUGCCUCUCUCUCGUACCUCUCUGAGGCACAGCUUGCACUUUUUCCAAACCUCCUUUUCCGCAAGUUUCUUCAGGCUGUGACUGGGUGUGGAACACUAUCUGGGACGAAACAGGACAUGUCUGUCAACUCCUACACGCAGGGAUGCCACCUGCUUAACCACGACGAUGUAAUUGGAACUAGGCGCGUAUCGUACAUUCUCUAUAUGCCACUGCCAUACGGCCAGCAAUGGCAAAAGGAGUGGGGAGGUGCUUUAGAGCUCCUGAGGCUGCACCAGUGCAAAGCCAUCCCGCCAAGCUGGAAUCAGUUCAUCUUCUUCGAAGUGCAACCGGGGAAAAGCUUCCAUUCUGUAGAAGAAGUGGUGGUAGGAGGAGACGGUAGGGCAAGACUUAGCAUAAGUGGUUGGUUUCAUGCAGCACAGGAGGGCGAGGAAGGGUAUCAAGCUGAUCAGGCAGCACCCGAGCUCAAAAGUUCGCGAGAACAGUUGACAUCCAGCUCUACCAGCUUUGUUGCGUACUCCGACUCCUCAGAGCCUCCUCAUCCAGAUUCACCGCUCCGAACAGAAUAUAUCUCCUACCUCUCAAAAUUCCUAAACCCAGUUUACCUCCAAACACGCACGAUGAAGGCAUUAAUGGCACGUUUUGUUGCGGAGUCACAUAUCGAACUGCACCACUUCCUUUCCGCGUCCCUCGUAUUGAAACUUGAACCUGACCUGCGUGGGGCAGACCAAGCUGAUGGUCUUGAUGGUGGGACUCGUCAGGGCAAGGUACCACCGCACAGUGCUGGCGUAUCUGGGGCAUGGUCUCCACGGGGUCCGCCACACAAAUGGCGUUACUGUACGCUGCAAAACACAACGGAGCCCCCACGUGAAUCAGACGCAAUUCUUCGUCAGUUGCAAGACGAAGUCUUCCCAAGCGAAGCAUUCCGCGCUUGGCUAAGCGCCUUGACCAAGUUGUUGCCCCUGAGCUAUGCUGUAGAGGCCCGAAGGUUCAGACCCGGCUUGGACUACACUCUUGCAACGAGUGAAGGGGACGAAUCACGAUUGGACGUGGUGUUGGGAUUGACGCCAAAAGCAGAAGUUGAAGAAAACGAGAUACGCUCAAAUGGCAAGUCGAAGGCGAAUGAAGACGACAAAGAGCCGCAUGGUUGGCAGGCUGGGGAGUGGGGAGGAUGGGAGUGCUACAUGGCACCCCAUGACGAGGAGGAUGAUCCAGCGGUCUACCGUUCUGGGUCAAGCAAAAAAUCCCAAGCUAACAAUGCUUCUGGCUCACAAGACCAUGAUGAUGCAACGGAGACCGGGGAGCAGGAGGAUGAAGAGGACGAGAGCACUUUGCUCACUGUUCAGCCUGGCUUUAACAGACUCCUUCUCGUGCUGCGGGACGAGGGCGUCAUGCGCUUCGUCAAGUAUGUUUCGGCUGCUGCAGCAGGUUCCCGAUGGGAUAUUUGCGGUGAAUUCAACGUCGGGAUGGUUCAGGAUGGCGAGGAUGAUGAAGAUUCAUGA